UCAGGUGAGCUCAGGUGACGCAGAUCUGAGUUCCGUCGCAACGGAGAAGGGCAAAAAGGCACGGAGGCAGAACCUGCGAAACGAGCAAAGAGUUCGUGUUGACGGCCCACUUGGGGCGACUAGUCGAGUUUAGCGUGGCCAGGAUGAGUGGGCUUUGACGGCAGGACCUUUCGUGUGGAGAUGCACCCGUUGCUCCUUGGCUUUGCUGCAUCUCAAGGUGUUUCCUCCCGAUGGCGCGAUCAUUAUAAAAACCCCGUCAGCCCCGUUGCGAUGCUUUCUGGAAUUAUUCUCGAAACUUAUCGACUUCCUUCAUUCUCCGAUCCUUUGCAGUCUUUUGAACACCAUCCCUUGGCUGUCCCUCCUUGACUUGACGUGCUUCACUUACUUGACCGGACUUAUCUUCCAUCUGUCUUUCUUUGGAUCUUCACCAUUCCCUCUUUCGGACAUCAUGUUCGCGCAAUACACAAUGAGCCCCAAUCUCCCAACAUGCCCUCCCAUGGAACACUCGUACUCGGCCAGCAGCGAGGACUCGAUGCAAUCCUCCCUGCCGCUCUACUAUAACUACCCUCCCUCCGCCGACUUCGAGUUGAUUUCCCAACCCACCUCCUCGCCGUCGUAUGCGCCGUCGUAUGCAUCCUCCAGCUUCAGCGCCUCCUCCUACGGCUCCCCCGCCUUCAGCUCCUGCGACUUCACGCCGCCCCUCGCCUACCCGGCCCAACAGAUGCAGGCCACCAAUGCCACAUACUUUGCGCCCCUGCAGCCCUACUGCCCCUGGACCGCCGAUCCUACUGCGACCGCCGACGUCGCCGCAAACCCAAUGGCACCCAUGGACGAGAUGAUGAUCCCCGACCUACACACGGAGGCCGACAUGGACCAACUAGAAUUCGAGCCAGAAAUGGAAAUGGAAAUGGAACAACCCUACCCCAUCUCGUCCCCCAAACCCAUGACCGACCUCCCCAUCUCCAUGCCCGUCCCCAUGUCCAUCCCCACCGACCUGCACGCCUGCCCCAACGCCGGCUCCAAGCCCUUCCCCUGCGCCGACUGCGGUCGCGCCUUCACGCGCCCCGCAGACCUCAAGCGCCACCAGUCCAGCGUCCACAACCCCGUCUUCCAGGACUGUCCGGUCGAGGAGUGUCUGCGCAAAGACAGCAACGGGUUUCCGCGACGGGAUCACCUCAUCGAGCAUUUGCGAUCGUAUCAUCAUUGGGAUGUGCCGAAGCGGAGGGCCGUGCGGAGGGGCAUGAAGGCUACUUAG